AUUCUGCAGCAGAUUGAGUUAGAUCUAAAGGCUACCCAGGCUUUGGUUCUGGCUCCCACUCGAGAAUUGGCUCAGCAGAUACAAAAGGUGGUCAUGGCAUUAGGAGAUUACAUGGGUGCCUCGUGUCAUGCCUGUAUUGGGGGCACCAAUGUGCAUGCUGAGGUACAGAAGCUGCAGAUGGAAGCUCCCCAUAUCAUCGUGGGAACCCCUGGCCACGUGUUUGAUAUGCUUAACUGCAGAUACCUGUCUCCCAAAUAUAUCAAGAUGUUUGUGUUAGAUGAAGCUGAUGAAAUGUUGAGCUGUGGAUUCAAGGACCAGAUAUAUGACAUAUUCCAAAAGCUCAACAGUAACACCCAGGUGGUUUUGUUGUCAGCCACAAUGCCUUCUGAUGUGCUAGAGGUGACCAAGAAGUUCAUGAGAGACCCCAUUCGGAUUCUUGUGAAGAAGGAAGAGUUGACCCUGGAGGGUAUCCACCAGUUUUACAUCAACGUGGAACAAGAGGAAUGGAAGCUGGACACGUUAUGUGACUUGUAUGAGACCCUGACCAUCACCCAGGCAGUCAUCUUCAUUAACACCCAAACGAAGGUUGAUUGGCUCACAGAGAAGAUGCAUGCCCGAGACUUCACUGUCUCUGCCAUGCAUGGAGAUAUGGACCAAAAGGAACAAGAUGUGAUCAUGAGGGAGUUCUGGUCUGGCUCCAGCAGAGUAUUGAUUACCACUGACUUACUGGCCAGAGGCAUUGAUGUGCAGCAAGUUUCGCUAGUCAUCAACUAUGAUCUUCCGACAAACAGGGAAAACUACAUCCACAGAAUCAGUCGUGGAGGCCGCUUUGGCCGUAAGGGUGUAGCUAUUAAUAUGGUGACAGAAGAAGACAAAAGGACUCUUCGAGACAUUGAGACUUUCUACAACACCUCCAUUAAAGAGAUGCCCCUCAAUGUUGCUGACCUCAUCUGAGAGGGCUGUCCUGCUGCCUAGCCCCAACCAGAGUUCAACCUUGGGUGGCUGAGGAGCAGCCAGAGGGGGGAGGGAAGGGAGCUGAGGGAUGGACAUCUUGUCAAUUUUUCUUUUUUUUUUUUUUUCC